GAGAGAGAGAGAGAGAGAGAGAGAGGGAGAGGGAGGGAGGGUGAAGAUGGUGGUUGUUUGUGGAUUUCUUUGGGAUGAAAAUAAUACACCGUAUAAAAAUGUAACCGAAGACAUACAUCCACGUCUGGUCUCGAACAAGGAACAUUGUGGUCUUUGGGCCUGGAUGAGGUUGUGUAGCCAACAACGUUCCCCUACUCCCCCAACAACGUUCCCCUACUCCCCCAACAACGUUCCCCUACUCCCCCAACACAGCAGGCCAGAGGAGUAGACGGACGUUAGAAGGGCCAUUGUGAAGAGGACACACUGAGGGCAGGAUGCAGUCUUCAGGCCACCGGCAGCGUGACACAGAGCAGCACCAACCCCUGCUGUCAGCUGACGAUGACCCUGAGGCUGGGGCAGGAGCUGGUCCUCUGUGUCCCCCGGCUGACCAGGACGGCCUGUGGUUCAUCCAGGAUGGCUGUGGUAUAGUCUGUGGUGUGGUGACCUGGUUGUUGGUCCUCUACGCUGACUUUGUGGUCAAUCUGGUGAUGCUGCUGCCAAACAAGAGCUUGUGGUACUCCGUGAUCAACGGAGCGCUGUUUAACUUCCUGGCCGUCAUGGCGCUGGCCUCGCAUCUACGUGCCAUGCUGUCAGACCCGGGGGCGGUUCCUAAGGGCAACGCCACCAAAGAGUACAUGGACAGUCUGCAGCUGAAACCUGGAGAGGUCAUCUAUAAAUGUCCCAAGUGCUGCAGCAUCAAGCCACAGAGGGCUCACCACUGCAGCAUCUGUAAGCGAUGUAUCCGUAAGAUGGACCACCACUGUCCCUGGGUCAACAACUGUGUCGGGGAGAAGAACCAGCGCUUCUUUGUCCUCUUCACUAUGUACAUAGCUCUGAUCUCGGUCUACGCCCUCUGCCUCAGUUUCCUACAGUUCUACAGCUGUGUCCACGACCAGUGGAAUGAAUGCACUGACUUCUCUCCUCCUGUGGCGGUGAUGCUGAUGAUCUUCCUCUGUCUGGAGGCCUUCCUCUUCCUCACCUUCACCGUGGUGAUGUUCGGAACGCAGAUACACUCCAUCUGCAACGACGAGACGGAGAUCGAGCGUCUGAAGAAUGAGAAGCCGAGGUGGGAGCGGCGUGUGCGCUGGGAGGGGAUGAAGGCCGUGUUCGGAAGCCCGCCCUCCGUCCUCUGGCUCAACCCAUUCACCGGCCUGCGUCUGCGGCGCCUACUGAUGACACGUACAUGCCGUAGUGGUGUGGAGUUCUCUGUCUGAGGGCUGAGCAGCCCAAAACACAGCUCUUCCCCGUCUGAUACCCCGGACCUCUCUGGACCGUCUGAUACCCCGGACCUCUCUGGACCGUCUGAUACCCCCGGACCUCUCUGGACCAUCUGUUACCCCCGGACCUCUCUGGACCGUUGGACACAUCAUGGGGGUUUUGGUGGUACCUUCUGGACUGAUAGGAUGGGGUGUGACCUGUAACUUACAUCAUGGAGAACAGCUGUACCCCCCCCAUUCCCACUACAGGGCGUCUCCUGAAGUCCCUGUCUCUCUGCUGAGACAGACCAACAGAGUGGAGGGGGACUAAGACUUCUGUCCUCCACACAGAGAGACUAGGGCUGAAUAUGGGUCUGUAUCUGGGUCUGUCCUCCACACAGAGAGACUAGGGCUGAAUAUGGGUCUGUAUCUGGGUCUGUCCUCCACACAGAGAGACUAGGGCCGAAUAUGGGUCUGUAUCUGGGUCUGUCCUCCACACAGAGAGACUAGGGCUGAAUAUGGGUCUGUAUCUGGGUCUGUCCUCCACACAGAGAGACUAGGGCUGAAUAUGGGUCUGUAUCUGGGUCUGUCCUCCACACAGAGAGACUAGGGCCGAAUAUGGGUCAGUCCUCCAGACAGAGAGACUAGGGCUGAAUAUGGGUCUGUAUCUGGGUCUGUCCUCCACACAGAGAGACUAGGGCUGAAUAUGGGUCUGUAUCUGGGUCUGUCCUCCACACAGAGAGACUAGGGCUGUAUCUGGGUCAGUCCUCCACACAGAGAGACUAGGGCUGAAUAUGGGUCUGUAUCUGGGUCAGUCCUCCACACAGAGAGACUAGGGCUGAAUAUGGUCGGUCGGUCCUGGUCUUCCCUGCCUCUGGCCACAACCCAAGUGUACUGACUACUGAUAUUAAACAGCCUGGACAUGGAGUCUACUGAACACAGACCAUCACUACUGGUAUUAAACAGCCUGGACAUGGAGUCUAUCUACUGAACACAGACCAUCACUACUGGUAUUAAACAGCCUGGACAUAGAGUCUAUCUACUGAACACAGACCAUCACUACUGAUAUUAAACAGCCUGGACAUAGAGUCUAUCUAAUGAACACAGACCAUCACUACUGGUAUUAAACAGCCUGGACAUUGAGUCUACUGAACACAGACCAUCACUUACUGGUAUUAAACAGCCUGGACAUAGAGUCUACUGAACACAGACCAUCACUUACUGGUAUUAAACAGCCUGGACAUAGAGUCUAUCUACUGAACACAGACCAUCACUACUGGUAUUAAACAGCCUGGACAUAGAGUCUAUCUAAUGAACACAGACCAUCACUACUGGUAUUAAACAGCCUGGACAUAGAGUCUAUCUACUGAACUGACACCUGAACUAUGCCCCUGAUGCGACAGACUGAACAGGUGACCUGGACCAUGUGACCUGGACCAUGUGACCUGGACCAUGUGACCUGGACCAUGUGACCUGGACCAUGUGACCUGGACCAUGUGACCUGGACCAUGUUCAGUAGACUCAAAUGGGACAAACACAUUGAAACGGGGGAGGUACUACCAGAAUUUAGCUAAUCCGAAACGCUGAAAAAUGUAUUUUUGUUGUUUCUUUGUAUUUUGUCUCAUUGGUUGUUUUUCCUAAUUGUUUAGGAGCUGCUACAGUGAUUCCCAAGUCCUGUCCCCCCCUUUACCAAUGUUUCCCAGACCCCAAGUCCUGUCCCCCCCCCCCCCAUUACCAAUGUUUCCCAGACCCCAAGUCCUGUCCCCCCCUUUACCAAUGUUUCCCGACCCCAAGUCCUGUCCCCCCCAUUACCAAUGUUUCCCAGACCCCAAGUCCUGUCCCCCCCCAUUACCAAUGUUCCCCAGACCCCAAGUCCUGUCCCCCCCUUUACCAAUGUUCCCCAGACCCCAAGUCCUGUACCCCCCCUUUACCAAUGUUUCCCAGACCCCAAGUCCUGUCCCCCCCUUUACCAAUGUUUCCCAGACUCCAAGUCCUGUCCCCCCCAUUACCAAUGUUUCCCGGACCCCAAGUCCUGCCCCCCCCCAUUACCAAUGUUCCCCAGACCCCAAGUCCUGUCCCCCCCUUUACCAAUGUUCCCCAGACCCCAAGUCCUGUCCCCCCCCCUUUACCAAUGUUUCCCAGACCCCAAGUCCUGUCCCCCCCUUUACCAAUGUUUCCCAGACUCCAAGUCCUGUCCCCCCCUUUACCAAUGUUUCCCAGACCCCAAGUCCUGUCCCCCCCGUUUACCAAUGUUUCCCGACCCCAAGUCCUGUCCCCCCCAUUACCAAUGUUUCCCAGACCCCAAGUCCUGUCCCCCCCAUUACCAAUGUUUCCCAGACCCCAAGUCCUGUCCCCCCCUUUACCAAUGUUUCCAAUGUCCUGUCCCCCCCUUUACCAAUGUUUCCCAUGUCCUGUCCCCCCCCUUUACCAAUGUUUCCCAGUCCCCAAGUACUGUCCCCCCCUUUACCAAUGUUUCCAAUGUCCUGUCCCCCCCUUUACCAAUGUUUCCCAUGUCCUGUCCCCCCCUUUACCAAUGUUUCCCAGACCCCAAGUCCUGUCCCCCCCUUUACCAAUGUUUCCAAUGUCCUGUCCCCCCCUUUACCAAUGUUUCCCAUGUCCUGUCCCCCCCUUUACCAAUGUUUCCCAGACCCCAAGUCCUGUCCCCCCCUUUACCAAUGUUUCCAAUGUCCUGUCCCCCCCUUUACCAAUGUUUCCCAUGUCCUGUCCCCCCCUUUACCAAUGUUUCCCAGACCCCAAGUCCUGUCCCCCCCUUUACCAAUGUUUCCAAUAUCCUGUCCCCCCCUUUACCAAUGUUUCCAAUGUCCUGUCCCCCCCUUUACCAAUGUUUCCCAGACCCCAAGUCCUGUCCCCCCCUUUACCAAUGUUUCCAAUGUCCUGUCCCCCCCUUUACCAAUGUUUCCCAUGUCCUGUCCCCCCCUUUACCAAUGUUUCCCAGACCCCAAGUCCUGUCCCCCCCCUUACCAAUGUUUCCAAUGUCCUGUCCCCCCCUUUACCAAUGUUUCCAAUGUCCUGUCCCCCCCUUUACCAAUGUUUCCAAUGUCCUGUCCCCCCCUUUACCAAUGUUUCCAAUGUCCUGUCCCCCCCUUUACCAAUGUUUCCCAUGUCCUGUCCCCCCCUUUACCAAUGUUUCCCAUGUCCUGUCCCCCCCUUUACCAAUGUUUCCCAAGUCCUGUCCCCCCCUUUACCAAUGUUUCCCAGACCCCAAGUCCUGUCCCCCCCCUUUACCAAUGUUUCCCAGACCCCAAGUCCAGUCCACCAUUUUGUUCCCCCUCAGCCCUCCUGACCUCCCUCAUGAUGAAGAUUGUUUCAGUCCACCAUUUUGUUCCUCCUGACCUCCCUCAUGAUGAAGACUGUUUCAGUCCACCAUGUUGUUCCCCCUCAGCCCUCCUGACCUCCCUCAUGAUGAAGGCUGUUUCAGUCCACCAUUUUGUUCCCCCUCAGCCCUCCUGACCUCCCUCAUGAUGAAGAUUGUUUCAGUCCACCAUGUUGUUCCUCCUGACCUCCCUCAUGAUGAAGGCUGUUUCAGUCCACCAUUUUGUUCCCCCUCAGCCCUCCUGACCUCCCUCAUGAUGAAGAUUGUUUCAGUCCACCAUGUUGUUCCUCCUGACCUCCCUCAUGAUGAAGGCUGUUUCAGUCCACCAUUUUGUUCCCCCUCAGCCCUCCUGACCUCCCUCAUGAUGAAGAUUGUUUCAGUCCACCAUGUUGUUCCUCCUGACCUCCCUCAUGAUGAAGGCUGUUUCAGUCCACCAUUUUGUUCCCCCUCAGCCCUCCUGACCUCCCUCAUGAUGAAGAUUGUUUCAGUCCACCAUGUUGUUCCUCCUGACCUCCCUCAUGAUGAAGGCUGUUUCAGUCCACCAUUUUGUUCCCCCUCAGCCCUCCUGACCUCCCUCAUGAUGAAGAUUGUUUCAGUCCACCAUGUUGUUCCCCCUCAGCCCUCCUGACCUCCCUCAUGAUGAAGGCUGUUUCAGUCCACCAUUUUGUUCCCCCUCAGCCCUCCUGACCUCAUCUCUCAUCUCUCUGCUGAUUUAGUUGUCGUCACAACAGAGCCAUUGUGACACAGGGUAUUGAUGAUCGUCAAACAACAGUUUGUUUUAUGAGAUGUGAGUACCCUAAUCAAUACAAUCAUCAAUCAUGCAAAUAUCCGCCAUUGAUUAAUGCCGUAUCUUUUUAACUGUAUCCGUUUGAUUUAUGAUUGUAGAUAUAAUUUGUUUUAAAAUAAAGAGCUUUAGUCUGUGAACAACUUGUCCAUUUGUAAAAGGCUGAUGUGGAAAAAGGACCCUCAUUAUUAGACUGCCUGAGGCUCUGUAGGAUGUGUCUCUGGAGAUUAUUAGACUCCCUGAGGGUCUGUAGGAUGUGUCUCUGGAGAUUAUUAGACUCCCUGAGGAUCUGUAGGAUGUGUCUCUGGAGAUUAUUAGACUGCCUGAGGCCCUGUAGGAUGUGUCUCUGGAGACUCCCAGAGGGUCUGUAGGAUGUGUCUGGAGACAUGCUAUCUGGAGAUUAUUAGACUCCCUGAGGCUCUGUAGGAUGUGUCUCUGGAGAUGAUUAGACUCCCUGAGGCUCUGUAGGAUGUGUCUCUGGAGAUUAUUAGACUCCCUGAGGCUCUGUAGGAUGUGUCUCUGGAGAUUAUUAGACUGCCUGAGGCUCUGUAGGAUGUGUCUCUGGAGAUUAUUAGACUCCCUGAGGCUCUGUAGGAUGUGUCUCUGGAGAUGAUUAGACUCCCUGAGGCUCUGUAGGAUGUGUCUCUGGAGAUUAUUAGACUCCCUGAGGCUCUAUAGGAUGUGUCUCUGGAGACAUGCUAUCUGGAGAUGAUUAGACUCCCUGAGGCUCUGUAGGAUGUGUCUCUGGAGAUUAUUAGACUCCCUGAGGAUCUGUAGGAUGUGUCUCUGGAGAUGAUUAGACUCCCUGAGGGUCUGUAGGAUGUGUCUCUGGAGACAUGCUAUCUGGAGAUGAUUAGACUCCCUGAGGCUCUGUAGGAUGUGUCUCUGGAGAUUAUUAGACUCCCUGAGGCUCUGUAGGAUGUGUCUCUGGAGAUUAUUAGACUCCCUGAGGGUCUGUAGGAUGUGUCUCUGGAGAUUAUUAGACUGCCUGAGGCCCUGUAGGAUGUGUCUCUGGAGACUGCCUGAGGCUCUGUAGGAUGUGUCUCUGGAGAUUAUUAGGAAUAGGAAUAGGGUGCCAUAGGGUCCUGGUCUAAAGUAGUGCACUAUAUAGGGAAUAGGGCUCUGGUCUAAAGUAGUGCACUAUAUAGGGAAUAGGGUGCCAUAGGGCUCUGGUUUAAAGUAGUGCACUAUAUAGGGAAUAGGGCUCUGGUCUAAAGUAGUGCACUAUAUAUAGGGAAUAGGGUGCCAUAGGGCUCUGGUCUAAAGUAGUGCACUAUAUAUAGGGAAUAGGGUGCCAUAGGGCUCUGGUUUAAAGUAGUGCACUAUAGAGGGAAUAGGGCUCUGGUUUAAAGUAGUGCACUAUAUAGGGAAUAGGGCUCCAUAGGGCUCUGGUCUAAAGUAGUGCACUAUAUAGGGAAUAGGGCUCCAUAGGGCUCUGGUCUAAAGUAGUGCACUAUAUAUAGGGAAUAGGGAGUCAUAGGGCUCUGGUCUAAAGUAGUGCACUAUAUAGGGAAUAGGGCUCCAUAAGGCUCUGGUCUAAAGUAGUGCACUAUAUAGGGAAUAGGGCUCCAUAGGGCUCUGGUCUAAAGUAGUGCACUAUAUAGGGAAUAGGGUGCCAUAGGGCUCUGGUCUAUAGUAGUGCACUAUAUAUAACAAAAAUAAAUAUAUUAUUUCACCUUUAUUUAACCAGGUAGGCCAGUUGAGAAGAAGUUCUCAUUUACAACUGCGACCUGGCCAAGAAUAAAGCAAAGCAGUUCGACACAAACAACAACACAGAGUUAAACAUGGAAUAAACAAACAUACAGUCAAUAAUACAAUAGAAAAAAGUAUAUAUACAGUGAGUGCAAAUGAGGUGAGAUAAGGGAGGUAAGGCAAUAAAUAGGCCAUAGUGGCGAAAUAAUUACAAUAUAGCAAUUAAACACUGGAGUGAUAGAUGUGCAGAAGAUGAGCUCCGUUAGACUAUCCUACCAAUCACUGGAGAAUAAACUGGAUGAGCUCCGUUAGAGACUAUCCUACCAAUCACUGGAGAAUAAACUGGAUGAGCUCCGUUAGAGACUAUCCUACCAAUCACUGGAGAAUAAACUGGAUGAGCUCCGUUAGAGACUAUCCUACCAAUCACUGGAGAAUAAACUGGAUGAGCUCCGUUAGAGACUAUCCUACCAAUUGUACGUUUGUUAAUAGAACGGAGGGGAGAGGCAGGUUAUUUUUUUUCUUAAGUAGUUUCGUCGGGGUGCCCGCACUUCGGCCUCUCAAGCAGUCUUUUCCUUUUAUGAGUCUUUGGGAUCAGGGCCCGGUCCAGUCUUUGGGAUCGGGGCCCGGUCCAGUCUCUGGGAUCGGGGCCCGGUCCAGUCUCUGGGAUCGGGGCCCGGUCCAGUCUCUGGGAUCGGGGCCCGGUCCAGUCUCUGGGAUCGGGGCCCGGUCCAGUCUCUGGGAUCGGGGCCCGGUCCAGUCUCUGGGAUCGGGGCCCGGUCCAGUCUCUGGGAUCGGGGCCCGGUCCAGUCUCUGGGAUCGGGGCCCGGUCCAGUCUCUGGGAUCGGGGCCCGGUCCAGUCUCUGGGAUCGGGGCCCGGUCCAGUCUCUGGGAUCGGGACCCGGUCCAGUCUUUGGGAUCGGGACCCGGUCCAGUCUUUGGGAUCGGGGCCCGGUCCAGUCUUUGGGAUCGGGGCCCGGUCCAGUCUUUGGGAUCGGGGCCCGGUCCAGUCUUUGGGAUCGGGGCCCGGUCCAGUCUCUGGGAUCGGGGCCCGGUCCAGUCUCUGGGAUCGGGGCCCGGUCCAGUUUCUGGGAUCGGGGCCCGGUCCAGUCUCUGGGAUCGGGGCCCGGUCCAGUCUCUGGGAUCGGGGCCCGGUCCAGUCUCUGGGAUCGGGGCCCGGUCCAGUCUCUGGGAUCGGGGCCCGGUCCAGUCUCUGGGAUCGGGAUCGGGGCCCGGUCCAGUUUCUGGGAUCGGGAUCGGGGCCCGGUCCAGUUUCUGGGAUCGGGGCCCGGUCCAGUCUCUGGGAUCGGGAUCAGGGCCCGGUCCAGUCUCUGGGAUCGGGGCCCGGUCCAGUCUUUGGGAUCAGGGGCCCGGUCCAGUCUCUGGGAUCAGGGGCCCGGUCCAGUCUCUGGGAUCGGGGCCCGGUCCAGAGUGAGCAGUAUGUCCUGCGCUGCCGACUCCUUGAAGUAGAAAUCAUCAUCCAAAUGAAGGUUAGUGAUCUCUGUUCUGAUGUCCAGAAGGUAUUUUCAGUCAUAGUAAACAAUGGCGGUAACAUUAUGUAUGUAUAUAAAAAUAGCAGAAUUGGUCAUGAGUCCGUAAAUCGGCAGAUAUCCAUUGCAGCAGUCUGAUCCUUGACGUAUUAUAUCCUGUUCAUUUUUUAUUGUAGUAUUUAUUUGACUGAAGUCAGAAGAAAAGUGGGACACUUAGGAUUUCCAUCUUCUGUAACCUCUGCAGACACACUGAGUGAACAAAACAUUAAGGACACCUUCCUAGUAUUGAGUUGCACCCCACUUUUGCCCUCACAACAGCCUCAAUUCUUCGGGACAUGGACUCUACAAGGUGUGGAAAGCGUUCCACAGGGAUGCUGUCCCGUGUUGACUUCAAUGCUUCCCACAGUUUUGUCCUUUGGGUGUUGACAAACGAACAUUGUUGCAGUUCGUGACACUCAAACCGGUGUGCCUGGUACCUACGACCAAUUAUUGAAAGAUGUUUUUAAAUGUGUCUCAAAUUGUCUUUAUAAUGUGUUAUUUUGCAUAAUAAACCUGAUUUGAUUAAAAUUA